AUGGCCCCGGAUGGCGGUGAUGGGUCAAGGAGUAGUGGAGCCUCCGGGAAGAGUGGAGGGCCCUCCAGACAGGUGCUGAAGAAGGGGCCAUGGACAGCCGUGGAGGACGCGAUCUUGAUGGAGUACGUGAAGAAGCAUGGUGAAGGAAACUGGAAUUCAGUUCAGAGGAACUCUGGGUUGAUAAGAUGUGGUAAGAGUUGUAGGCUGAGAUGGGCUAACCAUCUGAGGCCUAAUCUCAAGAAGGGCACAUUUUCUGCUGAGGAAGAGAGGCUCAUCGUUGAGCUUCACGCUAAGCUCGGUAACAAAUGGGCUCGCAUGGCUGCCCAGCUUCCUGGUAGAACAGAUAAUGAGAUAAAAAAUUACUGGAACACAAGGGUGAAGAGACGCCAGCGAGCUGGUUUACCCAUAUACCCAGCUGACAUACAACCAAAGCACCACCAGCUCCACCAUCACCAUGACCAACAAAGACAAACCAACCACCGCCAGCAACAGCAUCAAAGACAACCCAACUCUUCAUCAUCUUCACUUUCAUCUCUCCUAUCAUCAUCUUCAUCAUCUCACUCUCAAAAAAACAGCCACAGUCUCACUCUUUCCCUCUUCAAUCGUAUCAAUUUUCCACCCACUGCCAAUCCUCCAAAGCAGCACCCAAAUUCUUCAUUUCUCCCCAAUUCCAACCCCCAGUUCAAUCUCUUUCGCGACAACAAUGGUGGUCUCGCUUUGUCACUUACAUCUCCCAGUUUGCCAUUUCCUGCAGCCACAGAACCAUGGUUUAAUCCGGGCUUUUCCAGUGAGCUAUUUCAACAAACACCUUCACUUCACUUCAAUUCUUUCCGUUACAACAACAAUUCAAGAUCUCAUAAGGAAGUUUCUUUUUAUCCAAUCAGUUCAUUGGACAUGGGUAUUGAGCUGCCUUCAAUCCAAUCACCAUUGCCAAAACCAUCGCCAACUUCUUCUGCAAAUACUGGGAGUGGCUAUAUAAUAGAUGCAACAUCAAGUGAUGCUGAAGAGUAUGAAAUUGCACCAGAAAUUCCACUAGGAAAUAGUGGUUUGUUGGAAGAUCUAGUGGAGGAAUCCCAAGCUUUGACUCGGGCUGAGAAAUCAAAGAAAGAGAAAUCUCCGGCAGACAAUGAAGCUAAAGUGAAAUGUGUAUCGGAAGAGGCGGUGGAAAACCUUUGGGAGAGUUCAAUCUUUGCUCCUUCAUCCAUUGGGAUGAAAAGGAAGAAGAACCCAUUGGAGGAGAUGAACUCCAUGGAUGACGAUUUCUUGAGCUUGCUUGACAGUUUCCCAUCGACUGUGACCCCUGUUCCUGAGUGGGAUGAUAAGGGUGGAAGUUUAUCGAAUGGGAGGCUAUCGGGCAUGGUCACGGCUGGCGUCGUGGGGAUCAACAGUCACCGAGAGGUUCCACGCUCGCCGGUGGUGACGGCCGCAGCAACGCCACACCAUGAGUGGGCUCUAGGAUCCUGCUGUUGGAACAACUUGCCUGGCAUAUGUGAAGAACAAAGCUGA